AUGGAAAAGAACAUCUGCUAUCGGCAACGAAGGAGAAAAGAAGUCGGCUACGACGAUUGCGUACUCGAGGACUCCUUGUCCCAAGGCUUGAUCCGAGUGCACAUUGAGUGGUUAGUAGCAAACACUAGCUGCAGAAAAGCGUUGCAGGAGGAUCUUUUGAAGUACAGACAGAAGAAGAUUCUGGAAGCAGCACAAAGAAGAACGAGUCUAAAGAAGUGCCGCAGGGAUCUCCGCGAAUAUAAUAUUCCGCUAGCAACCUCGCUGAGCGAAGACAGCACUCGCACGUCUUCUCGUCGUGAGAUGGAAAUCAUUACGGAAGGGUUCUACUCGAACCUUUUCCGUUCAUCAACUCCUGUGUCAAGCCCGAACAUCCCCACUGGUGAAGCUCCAGCACGGAUUCUCCCUUCGGAAGUACGAGUCGCUAUCAAGAGCAUGAAACCUGGCACUGCCCCCGGACCUGAUUUUAUAUCAGCAGACUUUCUUCGGGUUCCGCUUCAUGUAAUCUUAGCAGCGCACAUGACAUUCUACCUUCAGAAAGAAAGGAUCCCAGACCAGUGGAAGACCUCGCGAACCGUUCUUAUCCAUAAGAAAGGUGACCGAGAGGACCUUCGGAACUACCGUCCGAUAUGCUUGCUGAGCGUGUUAUACAAAGUAUUCACCAAGAUCAUCCUCACGCGCAUAUCUAGGACGCUGGAUGAAUCCCAGCCUCAAGAACAAGCUGGAUUCCGCCAGCUGCUUGGACCACAUCCAGACCGUGUCGAGAGUCAUAGAGGUUUGCCGGGAAUACCGCCUGCCCCUUGUUCUAACCUUCGUCGACUAUGA